CAAAGAUGGCGAAAGGAUUUAUUUGAGUAUGUAAACAAAAGAAACCAACUGGAUUAUAAGUAUUAAUUUUCAUCUAAAACAAAUUUCUCUCGACUCAUGGUUUAACUUAACCAACUAGAAAUGCUCGACCUAGAAGUUGUUCCAGAAAGGUCUCUGGGAAACGAGCAAUGGGAAUUUGUGCUAGGGAUGCCCUUUUACCAGGCAGUGAACAUCCUUAGGAGACAGGAUUCAUCUAUAAAAGGUGUUCAAGUAUGGUACAGUGAUCAGUGCCCCCUUCAAAUGGAUUUAGUGCUCAAUUUAUCUCAAGAUGGGAUUAAACUAAUCUUUGAUCCUGUUUCUCAAAGAUUGAAAAUUAUUGAAGUCAACAGUAUGAACAAAGUUAAGUUGAAAUAUUGCGGAGUUCCAUUCAACACACCACAAAUUCGGCCAACCAUUGAAUAAAUUAACCAGUCUUUUGGUGCAACUCACCCUGGCGUGUACAUUGCAGAAAAAAAACUUUUUGUUUUGAAUUUCCGAGGUCUUUCAUUUGAUUUCCCCAUCAAUUCCAAGUAUGAGCCAAAGUACGCCCAUGGCCUGGGUUCCUUACAGUUUCCAAAUGGCAUGUCCCCUGUUGUGGCCAGAAUGUGUAUCUAUUCUGGCAACAGCUUGACUGAUGCAAGGGCCCCUGCACUUCCUGUGACGUGUUUCUAUGGCAACUGUUUCCUAGAGUGUCUAGAGGUUCACAGAGAUGUGAAUGUUACCUCAGGACUGAAGUUUAUUCUGGUCACUAAAGGAAACAUACAGGGUAAACUGGUGGAUCCUAGCAAAAAAUCUGUCGUCAGAGUUGUGAGAUUUGGGGACUCUGUACAGGAUGUUGUGAGUAGCCUAGGCUGCCCCAGCCGCAGGUUUUACAAAUCUGAGGACAAGAUGAAGAUCCACCUGCCUGAUGCUCACAAGCAUGUGCGAUCUCGGAGUGCUGAUUACUUCUUUAAUUACUUCACCAUGGGUGUGGAUUUCCUGUUUGAUGCUGUCACUCACAGGGUUAAAAAGUUUGUGCUCCACACAAAUUAUCCUGGGGAUUACAACUUUAAUAUUUACUGUCGCUGUGAAUUCAAAUUGCCAAUCAACAUAGAACCAACCAAAGCCACACAGAUCCAGUCUAGCAUGCUGGAGGAGGAUCUGCUAGUUGUCACAGCUUACUCUAAGUGGGAUGAGGUACAAAAAAUUCUGACCAGUCCGAAGCAUCGACCUGUCAUCCUCAACAGAUCAGCCUCCACCAACACCAGUAACCCUUUUGGCUCAACAUUCUGUUAUGGCGUGCAAGAUAUGAUUUUUGAGGUGAUGUCCAACCAGCAUAUAGCAUCAGUCACUUUAUAUCACUCUUCUGCCUAGAGGGACCCUGCAGCAUCUUCUUGACCUCAUCACACAAGAUUUCCAUUCUUCUUGUAAAACCAACCAGACUCAGAUU